AUGGCUGAGCCAUGGAGGGGCCUCCUCCAGCAGCUCUCUAUGGAACUGGAGCGCCAGUCCGCUAAAUUGCAGGAUCUGGAGCUCCAAAACAAACGACUACUCGAAGCGACAGCUCUUCCGGUCGAGAUGUCUGAGAUUCCGCCUAUCGUGCAGUGCGACCUCCCGUCCCCUCCGGGCCCUGAGGGACCAGGGGAUGUCCGAAGAUCUAGAAGGAGCCAGGAGGAUGAGGACGAAGAUGAAGUCACUGGCCUGAAGACCGACAUAAUCCUUCCACAUCCGCACCGGCCGAGCAAAAUUUCCGAGAUCUCCCAGAUUGCCUUGGCCCAGCCUCGGAGGAACUCCCGGGUGUCAAAGCUCAUCGAAUCCCAGCAGGUCCGCUUCAUGAUCAUGCGUGCGCAGAGGACCCGAGAGUUUGGCGUGAAGAAGCGGUGGUUCGUCAUCAACCCCGACACCAACCCGUUUUCGACGGCCUGGCAGAUCAUUACCAAUUUCGCCCUCGCCUUCGUGGCCUUGAUCACUCCCCUGCAGGUCGGCUUGCUGGAGAUCCACUUGGACUUUCUCUUCGUGCUGACCAUGAUGGUCGACUUGGUGUUUGUCAUCGACAUGAUUCUGCAGUUCGUCACGAUGUACCCUCGGACGACAGCACGUGGGUUGGAGUGGGAGCUCAAUCCACAGAAGAUUGCCAUGAACUACUUGAGGACCUGGUUCUUCCUCGACUUCGUGACUUUGAUCCCCUUCGACAUGAUCGGAGUAUCCUCCGGCACAGAUAGCCUGAAGGACCUGCGGAGCAUUAAAGUAAUCCGCGUCCUCCGGCUCCUGAAGCUCAUGCGGCUGCUGCGGAGCUCUCGACUGACGCACCGGCUCGAGAUCCCGCUGUCGAUCCCGUACCAACAGGUAGCACUCUUCCGUUUCCUCCUCAUCUUAGUCCUGGCCUGCCACUGGCUGGCCUGCGUUUGGGCGAUGACUCUGAAGAUCGUCGAUGACACCUUCCCGCAAUGGAUCAACGAUAUCGAGGCAGCCGACGUGCCUUAUGGGAUUCGUACCCGGGACUCUCCUAUGCGCAUCUACAUUGCUGCAUACUACUUCUGCUGCUACACCAUGACAUCAGUGGGCUAUGGAGACAACGGCCCCAAGAAUGUGCUGGAGCGCUUGGUUUGCACAUGGAUUGUGCUGACCUCGGGACUCUCCUGGGCAUACAUUCUCGGAGAAGUCUGCGCCAUCGUCAGCGAGAUGACGGCAGAGGGUCAGAGGUUCAGAAAGAAGAUGCACCACCUGAAUUCCUUGAUGCAGGAGCAGGGGCUUCCACCCGAGCUCCGAAAGCGCAUGCGCAGUUUCUUUCUUCAGAACCGGCAUCAAGCAGAGCACCAAACCCGGCAGAAACUCUUGGAGAAUCUGAGCCCGCAGCUGCAUGCUGAGGUCUGCACGGCGCUGAAUAUGCCAUGGAUUGAGAAGGUCUCCUUUUUCCAGCAGUUCAUGUCUCUGAUAGAUGCUCUAGAAGCAGAUGGAGCCCACACCGCACCGUUCCGCGCAUGCAUUGCAGACAUCUCUCGAGAACUUCAGACCGCGGCCUUUGCACAGAAGGAGAUCUUUGAUAAUGUGCAGGUGCUCUACAUCCUCUCCAAGGGCCUGGUGGCUUUGAACAGUCGGGUGGGUCACAAUGGGGCGGUCUGGGGGGAGGACUUCGUCCUCUCGGACACGAGCCUGAUCCGGCCUGUGGCUGGCUUUGCGCUCACGUACAUCGAGGUGCUCUUCCUUACCCGCGAGAGCUUCAUGGGAGUGAUCGAGCGCCGGAAGUUGACUUGCCCUCAGCUGGGCCAGGUGGUCAGGCGCUACUGCGUGCGCGUCGCUGUCACUCGGGGCAUUAUUGCAGAAGCAAGGAGGCGCCUGCAGCUGAGGGCAGGCACCCCUUCCAGCGUGGCCAAACGAGUGCAGGGCAGCCAGCAGACACAGGGCUCCUCUGAGAGUCACAAGCACACAGUAUUUCUCAAGCACAUGCAACGACCUGCAUUUCAGCAUGAGCUCCGGGCAUCCCUGUCACGUCGUUAUGACGAAGACGCCGACGAGAUAAAGUCGGACAUUUUCGUAAACAGGGCGGGUAGGGCGCACGCACUUGCGGCCACAAUGGCAGCGAGGAUCAGGAUGCAGCCUUGUCUCCUCCUUAGACUCGGGAGGCCGCGCGAUGCCAAGGCAGUAGGCUGCCUGCCGCGCUUCGGGCACAUUGCGCCAACAGUGGCCAUACCACUGCCAAGCGCAGCCAGACGGUUCCAGGUGACUGCCACAAGCAAGGCCAUGAAAACUGUUGAAGAAGAGCUGCUGGAAUACGACGAAGACGAAGACGAGGCCGAGGAGGACGAGUCGCUGCUGCCCCCUUGGCGGCAGUUGAAGCCUUGGAGAUGGGAGCCGGCCAACACGGAAGCCGGCUUCAUGGGCAUGUUCAACCUCCCCAAUGUGGAGAAAGACGAGGCGGGACGGAGCUACAUCAUCGGCAUCUUCGCCUUUGGCGUGGUCGUGUUCUUCAGCUUCGUGUGGUGGGGUCCUCCAGAAGCUCGGGCACCGUUUCGUUUCACCUCGGCUCGACGUGACGGCCCAGCGCAGGGCUAG